AUAUGACUUUCGGUCAGUCUGUAAAAUACCACUUUGGGUAUUUUAUGAUUGAUAUAAAUAAUUAAUUAAAAUAAUAUUCAUAUCCUAAGAUAAGCUUAGCAGGGGGCAGUCAAUAGACAUUCGGGAAUGAUCGUGACCGGGGCACAUGGCACGAGAUAAAAUUUAGAAAUGCCUUUGAAGGCUAGGGCGGAUAAUGGUGAUCCAGGAAACACGGUGACUGAGUUGGGGCAAAGCCUGAGACAAAAGGACUGCGCUCAGUCAAGUGUUAUUUCUUCCUGGUUAUUAAAAUUCCUGAAUGAUCUAUAAAGGCUGCCCUGUUUUAAGGUGAAAUCAUAUCGUAUUUUGGCUCUGGCGAUAUCAUUAUACAUUUUGGACUGACAGUUACUAUGUAGAAGAAACCUCUGUAUAUUUUCCAAAAGACAGUAUUAAAUUUCCACUUGCAUCAAAUGAGAAUCUUGUUCGUUUUACUGGAUCAGCUGGGCGCACAACACUAAGGCCCAAGAACCGGCGCGUUAUCUAACGUGACAUUAUUUUCUCGUAAAGUCUAACCGACGAAGAUUGAGACUUAACAAUUGGCGAGCUCUUUUCAGGACUUAAUUUUUAGCGAUCUAACGAAAUGAAUCCAGAUUCUCUUCAGCAGCUGUCCGCCGGAGUUGCAGCUUUGGCAAAAACAACGGUGCAGGCGCACCAGGAAGAUGGACAGUGGAGAAAUUUAAUGCAGGAAAGAUGGCGAGCGGAAGAUGCUCGAAAUGCGAGGAUGGAACGCAUGAAAAUAGAGGGUGAGCACCAGACAAAAUUGGACGUACUAUGCAGGGCUAUUAAACCCUGUGAUGGGUCCAUUCCGGACGACACGAGAGACUGGAUUGACCAAAUUGAACGAACAAUUCCCCGGACGGAGGAAAUUGAACACGCCACAAUUAAACUGGCACUGCAGACGGCACAAGGGUCAAUGGCAGGUGAGAUAGAUUAUUUCUUAAAUCAACAGCCAGAGUAUUUUGGAACGGACUGGACGGUGCUGCGAAACCAUAUUCGACGGGUCUUUCUUUCCGCCGAUGAAACUAGUUGCAUUCGAGCCGAAUUGGAACGAAUAAAACAAUCACAAUUUGAGAACACGGCGUCCUAUAAUCGCCGCUUCAGAGACGUGGCGCGGAAAGCAUACCCACUUCCGCGAUCCGAGGAAGCGGAACGCCUGUUAAUUAAAGCUUAUACGCGGGGCCUGCAUGAGAUUCGCCUCGCUAGGGACAUGAUACGGAAGGGACGACCGUCAACGUUGCAAGAAGCUAUGAGAUACGUGGACAAUGAAGAGGUGGGUGAUCUCCUAUUUCAAACCGUCUACGGAGACCGAAAUAGCAACACUCAACGCCGCAUAGAGGAGCCAAUGGAAAUCGGGGCGACACAACCUGUGGACCAAGUACCACGAUGGGCUACCGAACUAAAAGAGUCGAUCUUAUCUGCGUUGAAAAGCGCAGCUCAACGCGAGCCACCGAUGACGUCAUCCAACACAAGACAGCACCCACGCAAACCGCCUCAAUCGUCUAAGGACAGUAAGGGAUGGACGGCAGACGGACAGAUAAAAUGUUUUCAUUGUGGUAAAGUAGGCCAUGUUAAGGCAGAAUGUUACCAACUCAAAGCUUUAUUUAAGAAAUAG